AUGCGCGCUGCUCAUUCUGCUACAUUUGCUUUGCUCUUUCUCGGCUUGCAACGAUCCAGCGCAGACCAAUCCAAGCCACAUCCGCCUGGUUCAGGCACAGGGGAAGGAAAUAUAUGCAGAUUUGACGAUCCGCAGCAACCUCUAACGCUGGAAGUUGCACCCAAUAAACCAGUCUCCUUUCAGUGCGAAACCGGAGAGUCUGUGAAUCUCAGUCCUUCGGAGCCGCCCUACAAGAAUGUCUACCUAUCUAAGACGUGCUCUGGAAAGGGCACCGAGCUUGAAAGCUUGUGCAGUGGUGCCGAGCUCUCGCCUGGCUCUCUCAAUCCAAAAGAGAAUACAGUGAAGAAUCAUUACACUUUGACGCUCACGGACGCCGGGUGCAAAACGGAUAAGAUGUACUACUGUUGCGAGAAGCGGACGGCCUCUCCUGUCGAGAAAAACCAGCUACGUGAGUCUCAGGCAGCGCAGGCAGGGCAAACUUGCAUCGUGGAGAUCACUGUCAAAAAAACAGAACUGCCGCCGCCCGGCCCGCCGCCCCCAGUUCCGCCUGCGGCAGCACCCGGGCUUCCUAACAGCGGCGGUUCUCAAGACCAAGACACGGACGCGUCUAAUCCGGAGACCCAGAGCCCCGAGUCCAUUGAGAUGACGACCUGUAACAGCACCACAAAAAAUGCCAGUGUUUCUAUCGAUCGCCCGCUUUCGUUCAAGUGGGGAGCAGGGUUGGCAUUGGAACCCGACGAUACAGAAAAAGCCUGGGAUGGAGAGUGCGGAAAACAAGUUGUUCUAAUGGAAGUCGUCGAAACAGCCGAGCUUGAAGAAAAACAAACGACGGUAACCGAGACAGAGUACAGGCUCACUGUCAAAGACGCUCCCGCCCAAGACACUGCUGUAUGCUACAAAUGCGUUUCUCGUGCAUUCGACGGAUCCCUCAGUGACCCUCUGCGCGGCAUCAAGGAAGGAGAACUUCUGAAGUCUCAGUGCUUACUCAAGGUGUCUGUGAAAGGCCUACCCACAUCUUCUGCUAGAGGCAGCUCAGCACCUUCGAGCGUUGCAGGGGGAGUUUUGUUUGGAAUAUUGGCUCUGUGUAUAUAG